AUGCGUCGGGCGGCUUUACAGGCGUUCCGUACUGCUCGGCGUGCUCCAGUAUGGAAAGUCACCGGUAAACGGCCGUGCUCGCUCACCUACACCCACAACUCGGUCCGAGGCCUACGGUCAUAUUCGGGAGGCCGACGCCCAUCAUUAGCCCCAGUGGCUCUUCAGUCCUCCAUGCAUCUCCGCAGGUUCUCCCUUGCCGUCAUCUCAACCGUCGUUGCGUCUGGAGCGUGGUAUGCGUAUCGAGGAGACGGCACCGCGCAGUCACUAGCAACCCAGGUUCGAGGUUUUGCCUCGAGCGCCAUCACAUCUGCUCACGCUGAGGACCCAUCCGAGUCGACUCGUCGCGCUCUCUUAGUGAGUAACGACCAAUUCUACACUGCUACGCUUUCCGGAGAUCAACCCUUAUCGAAGAACACCGACGACUCGGAUCGACGUGUCCUAGAAAUGUUGACACCGGAGCAAGCUACGGAGAAGCUACGCAAGAAUGAGGAGUCAUAUUUAGUGAACAGAGGCAAAGGUGUUGUGCGAUACGAUAUCGUACAAGUGCCUAGCAACUCUCCCAUCGAGGAUGACCAUGCCGAGAAGAUCGUCGAGGUGUCCUCAUCGACGGCGGCUAGCACAAACGGGGAGCCAAAUAGCGACUGGAUGUUCUGGGCGGUCUUUGAUGGCCAUUCGGGCUGGACUACGUCCGCAAAGUUGCGAAAUGUGCUGAUUUCCUACGUUGCACGAGAACUUAACGCUACUUAUAAGGCUGCUGCGGCUGACCCCACAGUUCUUGUGCCAUCUUCCGAGGCAAUUGAUCAGGCGAUCAAGCAAGGCUUUGUUCGUCUUGAUAAUGACAUUGUGCAUGAGAGUGUGGAUAAGGUCCUGAAAUCCAAGUCCCGUCGUAUGGCUGCCGAGCUUCUCGCACCGGCCUUGUCGGGAUCUUGUGCUCUCCUGAGCUUCUACGAUUCUCAGUCAAAGGAUCUCAAGGUCGCUGUUGCUGGUGACUCUCGCGCCGUCCUUGGUCGCCGAGGCGCUAAUGGAAAAUGGACCGCCACCGCUCUGUCUGAGGAUCUUACCGGCGGUACCCCAUCUGAAGUCAAGCGCCUCCAGGAGGAGCACCCUGGCGAGCCUUAUGUUACCCGGAAUGGCCGUAUUCUAGGUGGCCUGGAGCCUAGUCGUGCUUUCGGCGACGCCUUCUACAAGUGGAGCAAGGAAGUCCAAGACCAGAUCAAACGGCAAUUUUUCGGCCGCACACCUCACCCCCUUCUGAAGACUCCCCCCUAUGUCACUGCUGAGCCCAUCAUCACUACCACCAAGAUUGACCCCUCUCAAGGCGACUUUAUUGUGAUGGCCACUGAUGGUCUCUGGGAAAUGCUAAGCAAUGAGGAAGUUGUUGGCUUGGUUGGACAGUGGUUGGAGCAACAACAGUCUGGCAACGGCGGGUCCAAGGCUUGGCUGCAAAGCUGGUUCAGCUUCGACAGCCAAAAGCAAUUGCCUGUGGAGCCAGCCAAGGAUCAAUCCACCGAAGGCCAGCGCCGCCCCAUCCGCCAGCAGCAAUAUGAUAUCUCCGGCGCGGCCAGCCGAUUUGUCGUUGAGGACAAGAAUGCCGCGACUCACCUCGUCCGCAACGCCAUGGGUGGAAAGGACAAGGACAUGGUUUGUGCCUUGUUGACCUUGCCAGCCCCGUACUCCCGCCGAUACCGCGACGAUGUCACCGUUGAGGUCAUCUUCUUCGGUCAAGGCUCCGACUCCCGUACUGGUACAGUGGAGAUUAACAAGGAGGCCAGCGCUUCAGAAGAGCCACCCAAGGCGAAGCUAUAA